AAAUUUUAAGUUUUAUUCUUUGUAGAAAUUAGUUUAUUUUUGUUUUUAUCAGCAAUGUUUCUUAAAAAAAAAACAGGAAAAAGGACCAAAAGAGGCUUUCUUUUUUGUUUGUGAAGUGACACAAAAUCUUAUCAUGAAAGACAUUUCCAGAUAAGAUAAGGAAUCUGGUCACCUCUGGUGACCCGGGAUCGUUCGUCCUUCUUAACAUCACAGCUUCUCGUUUGCUUGUUUUGGCCUCUAGAAAUUUCAGUUCAUUCAACAUCUCAGCGGAGGAAACAGCCCGCCAUGGCGUCUCUGUUGCUGUUAGCGGCGUGUUUGCUCGUUGUUGGAGCCUUUCGACCUCAGGAGGAGAUGAAGGCCCAAGAGCGACUCUUCCUCAGCUCCCUGGGGCUCUCGGGGAGGCCGCGGCCCGCAGGGAACCACCACCUCCGGAGCCAAAUUCCCCCCGCUUUCUGGAGGAUGUUCCGGAGGUCAGAGAACCUCCAGGUCCCGGAGGGUGACCCAUGCACGGUAUCCGAAUACGGAGUCCGGGGCAACAUCAUUCGAUACGUUCAAGACCAAGGCAGACUCUUGUCUGGCUGGAGCAUCAGCUGUCAGGAUUGUGUGGAGAAGCAGGUUUUCUUCAACAUGACGGUCCUGCAGCCUGUGGAGCUGCUGUCUCUGGCUCAGCUGGAAGUCAACUUGCACUGGAAGCCUCUUAGAGCCGCAGCGCUCCUGCAGGCAGCCCCGGCUGUCAGUUUGUCGCUGUACAAAGUGCUCCGGAGCACGCUGAGGGGAGCUGAUCCGCAAGCCAACCGCAAACUCCUGCUGGCGCGGUCGGUCCGGCUGCAGCCCGAACCAUCUCCUAUCACCAUGGACCUCACCUCUCUAGCAGAGGGAUGGCGUAAACCGGGACACAAUUACGGCUUGGUUUUAGAGUUGCGUCCUCUCGUUGCCUCUGGGGAACAGUUCUCCCCUUUUGACCCUGGCAACUUUCUCCCCUUAGAGCCGGUCUUCACCCUCCCGCUCAUCCAGGCCUCUCUGGUGGCCGUAUCUCUGAACCCUCAUCAGUGUCGCUCCAGGCAGAGGAGAAGUGCCGUCCACCUCCCCGUGACGCCCAGCAACGUGUGCAAGGCUCGCCGCCUCUACAUCGACUUUAAAGACGUGGGCUGGCAGGACUGGAUCAUCGCUCCACAGGGGUACAUGGCCAACUACUGCCACGGCGAGUGUCCGUUCCCACUCAGCGAGAGUCUGAACGGCACCAACCACGCCAUCCUGCAGACUCUGGUGCACUCCCUGGACCCGCAGGGCACUCCCCAGCCGGGCUGCGUGCCCAUCCGCCUGUCGCCGAUCUCCAUGCUGUACUAUGACAACAACGACAACGUGGUGCUGAGACACUAUCAAGACAUGGUGGUGGACGAAUGCGGCUGUAGAUGAGAAAACGGGCCACACUUCCAUGAGCUCUAUUAGCUGAUUGCUUUUCAUGUUUGGGAUUAAAUUUGUUGCUUUAUGCUGUAGUUUUUCAAAAAAAAGCAAAACUAAAUGAAUUUUCCUUAAUUUAUAUUUAGGUCAAAGGGGCAAGUAGAGUGAAAGAUGCAUGUAAGUUAUCCUCAUACUGUUGGUUUAGUGUCUUUUAUUUUUUUCUUAAAAUCCUACCUCAAAAUGACCAGUAACUUUAGCUUUUAUUCCUCCAUCUUGUGUACUACGUCUUUCUGCAGUUCCAACAAAUGAGUGAAAAAUUCCAAUGAAUGUCGUUUCCAUUUCGUGUUUGUAAAUGCUCACUGCAGAUGAAUACUAAAAUGUAUGCAAAUGUUUGCUAAAAAAUAAAACUGAAUAAUCCUG